GUCAGGGUCUGGGAGGAAUUCAGAAUGAGCCCCCAUGGGCUGCAGACAUGUGGAAAGUAUCAGCAGGCAGAACCCUGAAUGCUCCCCCGGCUCCACCCCUCUGCAGCUCCCACGCUCUCUGCCCCGCCGCAGAGGCAGCUCGCUCUGAAGCACAGCAGCUUCUCCUCUGAGCAGGUAGUUUGGAAAGGAAUCCAGAGAGUUAGCAUGGCCUCUAUCAGAGCUCUGCUGUGUGUGGGAGCGUUUAUGGCCGCAGCUUGGAGCAAAACCACAGGUGGAGGUUCUAUUCCCACAGCCCAGAACGUUCGAUGGGUCUCCAAUGACUUCAAAACGGUUCUGUUGUGGGACAUGGAAGAGUCUGAGUAUACAUGCACCGUCCUGUUCACUGAGGGGACAAAUAACUGGAUAGAAGCUCGCGACUGCAUGGAGAUAUCACACUCUGAAUGUGAAAUGACUGAAUACCUCUUACCGCUGGACAGGUACUAUAAAGCGGAUAUCAGAACCGAAGGUCCAGACGUGAGCUAUAACUACGGCUCAGAAGACUUUCCUCACACCUACAGCAAGACGACGUUCAACCCCUACAGAGAGAGUGGGUAUCUAUGGCCGCCAUGCUCCUGCUGUCUGCUAUUCGUUAGCUCCUGCUAAUCGCGCUUCCAGUCC